GCUUAUUAGAAAUGUAUUUUACAAUCGAGCUUCUACCUCAGAAAAUAAGAGUUUCAUUUACCGGUGAUGGGCUCGAGACGAUGGUAGCGGGACCGAGCUGAGGAAAUAGAAAAUACUAAGUUAAAUGGAUGUUGUAAAUAAGUGUUUUAUUUUCUCACCUACAAAUGAGUUCUGCUGUACGAAACAACACUUAAAGGCAUUUGAACGACGCCUGACAGAAGUUAUAGCAUGUCUACAACCGUCUACUAUUAGAUGGAGAAUUCUUCUUGCUGUAAUAUCAGUGUGUACAGCCAUAGGGGCAUGGCACUGGUUGACUGACCCACACACAUCAGCAGUGUCAUUCAUGCAGUCUCUCUGGAACCAUCCAUUCUUUGCUAUUGCCAGCAUUUGCCUAGUGGUGCUGUUUAUCCUGGGAGUUCACAAGCGGGUUAUAGCUCCAUCCAUCAUCACAGCCCGAACAAGAAUUGUGCUAGGGGACUUCAAUAUGUCAUGUGAUGACACAGGGAAACUGAUCCUCAAACCUCGACCUACGACCACUUAACAUUGACUUUAAAUAUCUCUCCAGUCAGUUAAACUCUCUGAUUGUUCGUGUCACAUCUUAAUUUGCUUAUUGCAAUGGUAGACUGUUAUGCAUGUUACCAAUACAUUAUUGUAAAUACUGUCUCCAACUUAAUAACAUAUACAAUAAAAAUUAAUGUAAGAAGAAGAAACUAUUGUCUUCAGCAUGUUACCUCUCCUGCUCUUUAUCAGGAGGGCAAGGUCAGACUCACUGCAUCAGCACUUUUUAGAGAAGAGGUGGCUUGCUCUUCUAUCAUCUGCCAGUUAUAUUUGAUAAACUCAACAAGCUGAACUCCUCUUCACGAUCCAAAUAAAACGCUCUUUCAGAUUCUUGACAAGGUUUCAGCAUUAAUAAAGAAUGUGAUGCUAUGGAAAAGCCUUUGUGAAGGUGAAAUGCUAGAAAUAUUUGUCCACAUGAGUGAAUAUUUUUUCUGCUUUAAUUGAUAUCAUUAUAAGGUGAUAUGCGUUUGCUUAACUUAACUUUCUCUUAUAUCACAAGAGUCCAAAGUUAUACCUAGGUCUGGGUUUUUAGAAGUCUUAUGUGUUUCCCUUUAACGUGCUCUGUGGAUGAAAUGUAUGAAAUGAAUACUGGGCGUCAGUGUCUGAUUAAGUUUAUCUCUGACACUAUUAAAAGGAUUUAAAUGAAAUCUGGUAUCAGUCUACACUGAAAGUUGUCAAGCAAAUUUUAUAAUGGUUUGUAUUGGUAAAAUAUAUUUUAUGUGAAACUCCAA